AUGUGUGGAAUUUGGUGCAUAUUUGGUUCAACUGUUGAUACCCAUCAACAAAUACCAGGUUGUUUUAAUAUCGCUCAUCGUGGUCCUGAUUGUUUUCGUUUUGAAAACGUUAAUCAUUAUUCAAGAUGUGUCUUUGGUUUUCAUCGUCUUGCAAUUGUUGAUGAUAUUUAUGGUAUGCAACCAAUGCGUCUCCAUGCAUUACCACAUAUAUGGAUGACUUAUAAUGGUGAAAUCUACAAUUUUCGAGAAACACAAAAAAAAUUUGGUUAUAAUUUCGAAACAUCAUGUGAUGGAGAAAUCUUAAUUCAUUUAUAUAAUGAUAAAGGAGCACGUUUUAUGUGUGAACAACUUUAUGGUGUUUUUGCUUUUGUAUUAUUCGAUACAAAAGAACGAAAAGUUUUUAUUGGUCGAGAUACAUUUGGUGUUCGACCUUCAUUUCGUAUCUUUACCGAUUGUGGAUUUUUAGCUGUGUCAUCCGAAGCAAAAGGUCUUAAAGGUGUUACUGUUGCAUCAAAGAAACCAUUAAAAAUUGAACCACUUGAUCCAGGUACAUAUGAAGAAUAUAAAUUAGAUGAAAAUGAAAAAGUUGAAUUUGUUAAACGAGAACGUUUUCAUACUAUUGGAGCAUUUCCAAAAUAUGAUAUUAACAAUGUUACAGUAACAGAUGAUGUUCUAACAAAUAUUCGUUCAUAUCUUAUAAAUGCUGUUCAAAUGCGUUUAAUGUCACAUCGACGUAUUGGUUGUAUGCUUUCUGGUGGUCUUGAUUCAAGUUUAAUAGCUGCUAUAACUGUACAAGAAGCUCGUAAACGUGGUAUUACUUAUCCAAUUCAAACAUUUUCGAUUGGUAUGGAUGAACAAAGUCCUGAUUUACUUGCUGCACGAAAAGUCGCAGAUCAUUUAGGAACUGAACAUCAUGAAAUACGUUUUUCAGCAGAAGAUGCAAUUAGCCAUUUAAGAAAUGUUAUUAAAGCACUUGAAUCUUAUGAUAUAACAACAAUUCGAGCUUCGAUUGGAAUGUAUUUUGUAUCGAAAUAUAUUCAAGAAAAAACUGAUACUGUUGUUGUUUUAUCUGGUGAAGGUGCUGAUGAAGUUUGUCAAGGUUAUAUUUAUUUCUAUCGACAACCAACACCGGAAGAAGGUGAUAAAGAAAGUCAUCGUCUUUGUAAUGAUCUUCAUUAUUUUGAUGUACUUCGUGCUGAUCGAACAACAGCUGCACAUGGAUUAGAAUUACGUGUACCAUUUCUUGAUCAUGCUUUUUCAUCUUAUUAUUUUUCAUUACCACCAACUGAACGUUCACCAACAAAAGAACGAGCAGAAAAAUAUCUUUUAAGAAAAGCAUUCGAUGGCCUUGAUUUAAUACCAUCAGAAAUUCUUUGGCGACCAAAAGAAGCUUUCUCUGAUGGUGUUGCUGCAAAGAAAAAAUCACUUUUUGAAUAUAUGCAAGAAUAUGCUGAAACAAAAGUUUCCGAUAAUGAUUUACAAAAUGCUUCAACAUUAUAUCCAUUCAAUACACCAAAAACUAAAGAAGCAUUCCUUUAUCGAUCAAUAUUUGAAGAACUCUAUCCAGGUCAUGAACAUCUCAUACCAUAUAUGUGGCUUCCGAAAUGGUGUGGUGAUCAAACAGAUCCAUCAGCACGUGUUCUUAAACAUUACAAAGAACAACAAGGUGAUGCAGGAAAAUCUCAAUAA